AUGAAGAGAGCAGACACAGGUGCCACUGCAGGCGGGCAUGUGGAAUGUCCCAUUUCUCAUAAAAUAACCCCAAUUCACUCUCAUUUGGUGGUCACAUCCUCUGGCUGAGGUGCAGAUCGCACACUGUGGGAGCGUAUUCAAAUGCGAGAGAUCAGACUGGAUCAACUGUGACACAAGUGCUGCCUUUCGAUAAGUGGCACUGCCAAGCUCCUCUCAUUUAUGCUGCACCCUGAAAUCUGUGUGGCUCUUAUACUUUGCGGCUAGGACCUUAAGGAAAGCAAUUGUGCAGUUGAUGAAGAUGCAACAUCCGUGACAAAUACAUCCCCGCACUGUGGUCCGUUGAUAUAUCUGUGCAGUGACGGCUCCCGACUGGAGGGUGACAUGUUUUCUGUUGGAUCGCGUUCUCUCUGUGCUUAUGGUGUGCUUGACAGUGACUUGAGUCAAGAAGAGGCCAUCUCCUUGGCCAGAGAAGAUGUGUUCAGGGCCACCCACAGGGAUGCCUUCUCAGGAAACAGCUUGGACAUCUUCCACAUUACAGUGCUGGGAUGGAGCCGAAGAAAGGAGAACCUCUGAGGGGAAUAUUAUCGGGAAAGGGCAAAAGUGAUGGACAAACAAAAAUGA